GGCUGAAGCCCAGAGCUCGGUAUUCGCUACUGUUGUGUAUGUCCACGAUAGGCUGUUCGACAACCAGCGUACGAUAGCAUUCGAGUCACCUUCCGAAUGAGUCCCGCACAAACCUGUCAAGAGUCCAGCCGAUACUAGUCUCACUACUACAUUCCCUCCCACAUACACAAGAACAAACGCUCCUCUGAUCACAACGCAUACCGUUUGCUCGGUCGUACUCUGUGCUCACCUCCUCGGCUUUCCUUAAGACGCUAGUUCCCAGUACAUCAUGGAUCUCGUCAAUCACCUCAAUGAUCGGCUGCUCUUUGCUGUUCCGAAAAAAGGACGUUUGAACCAAGCAGUUCUCGACCUGCUGGCCGGAUCCGAUAUCCAGUUCCACAGGCACAACAGAUUGGACAUUGCACUCGUCAAGAAUCACCCUGUGGCACUUGUUUUCCUCCCCGCAGCAGAUAUCCCAACUUUCGUGGGAGAAGGCAGAGUCGAUCUGGGAAUCACUGGACGAGACACAGUUGCUGAGCAUGAAGCUGUAACGCCUGCCACCGAAACCCAUGGGAUUGAAGAGAUCAUGGACCUGGAGUUUGGAAGAUGCAAGCUUCAAGUGCAAGUCCCCGAGAAGGGUGAUAUCCAAACACCCGAGCAGCUUGUCGGCAGAAAUGUCGUGACUAGCUUUACUGGCUUGACUGAGGAAUUCUUCCGUAAACUCGAGAACAAUGACUCCCAAGCCAAUGGAUCCACCCCUGGCGACUCCUCCGAAAAGCCUAAACUUCGCACUCACAUCAAAUUCGUCGGCGGCAGUGUCGAAGCAGCAUGUGCCCUCGGUGUAGCAGACGGAAUCGUCGAUCUCGUCGAAUCCGGCGAGACGAUGCGUGCGGCAGGACUCAAAGCUAUUGCCACAGUAGUAGAAUCCACGGCAGUCCUGAUCCGCUCCAAACACCCUUCGGACCCCAAACUCGUGGACAUCAUCGCCAACCGGAUUCGCGGAGUCAUCACCGCGCAAAAAUAUGUCUUGUGCACGUACAACGUGGAGCGGAAGAAUUUGGAUCGCGCUCGCAGUAUCACGCCGGGCAAAAGAGCGCCAACGGUGAAUUCCCUCGAGGAGGAAGGUUGGGUCGCGGUGCAGGCUAUGGUGUUGAAAAAAGCUAUUGCGGAUGUUAUGGAUGAGUUGCAGUCGAUUGGUGCUACGGACAUUUUGGUCACGAGAAUUGAUAACUCGAGGACUACUUAGGAUGUCUCUUGAGCUUGUGAGCGUGAGCGUGAGCGUGAAGGAGGAGCCAAUAUGGGGGCUUUUCACCCAGCCUUAGAUUAACGACGAAAAAGAAGGGAUACAUGUAGAUGUCUUCCAUUUAUUUAUGUGACUACCUUGGAAAAUAUUGUCGACAUAUUCAAAUACAUAUCUGCACCAAAUCGGUCAAAGCCGAUGUAACCUCUCC